AUGGCAACAACCAAAAAAAAGGGCGCGGCGCAAACUCCGCCGAAGGACCAGGUGUCAGAUGCGGAGCUUCAGCGCAUCGCAGCAGCCAUUGAGGAAGUUGCGCAGAACUUCCCACCCAACAUUCGGAACACGGUGAGGCAGGCGGCCCCAUAUCUUGCCAAGGCAUGGAUCUAUUUUCUGACGGCUUUGCCAUACAUCAUGAAGGCCAUGAAAGAGAUUCAGAACCUGCUGGCUAUGGUGCCUGAGAAGAUGCUUUGGGCCAUGCUGAGCUUCUUGGUGUGCUUCUUUGGUGGCAUCUUUCCGGCUACGAUCGCAGCUGCAGAGGCCUGGGCGGCCUGUGGCGGUGUGGAAGCCUGGGAGCAGGCCAAGGUUCUCCUGUCCGAGUUCAUGAAAGUGGCAGAAGCCUCCAAGGAGGAUGGGAAGGACGACAAGGAUGCUAAACAGGAGGUGCAAGCGCCGCAUCAAGUCGUCCAGAAGAAGCUGGCAAUUGCCUUGGCAGUUAUGGAACCCGACAAAGUGAGUGGAUCCAUUUCAAGCAUCUACGUCGGGUGGAUUGGUGUGAUCGGAGUGCUAAGACUUCAAUUCGCGCGCACUGUGACGCUCGGCGAGGUUAUUGGUUCCAAAGUGUACAAGCCAGUUAGCAAAGUGGAGCCCUUGAUAGAGUCCGUGGUCGCCGAGGAGUAUCAGAAGUGGGUGCCGACAAUCACACGCUGGACUUGCAAGCUCCUGGCGAUCAGCCUCGCAUGGUGGAUCCAGCGAGUCAUCUCCGCAGUACACUCGGCCAUCCGUGGCGGCAUGAUCUUUGCAGAGUACCUGGUGGAUUUCCUGCAUGAGAAGGGCUACCUUCAAACAGAGCACAAGGAGACUUACAUUGAUGAGGCGAUCGGUUGGUCGAUCGCGGUUUUGGGCUUCCUGACGCAGCUUGCUUUGGGGUUUCAGCUUCCCUUUCUGCUAAACCUGUUCUUGCUGCCUGUCCAGUUUCUGGAAGCCUUUAUCGUGUGGAGCGUCAGUGCGUGA